AUGACAUCCAGUGACUCCAGAACUAUGCAACUAAAAGCUCAAAUACAACAGCAUCUAGUUGAAUCUGGCAACUACGAAUUAAUAUCUAAUAAGUUGAGCCAAAAACUCUUACAAGAGGGGUGGACCGAUCAGGUCAAAAAACUAACCAGCGACGAGAUCAAUAACGAUGGCUCCGCAACUUUUACUCAAAUUUUAGCAAAGGUCGAGCCAAUAGCACUGGAAAUGGUCUCGGAGUCCACAAGAGAAGAAAUCAUAUCUCAAAUCACAAGCUUUCUGAGUGAGAUUGUGGAUACGGACUGA